UUCUGAGGGCUAAGCGGCGGCGGACAUGUUGGCGCGGCCUGUGGACCAGAAAUAUCACCUUUAAAUUAUUCUGGGAUUUAACGGAGGAAGGAAGCGCGGCACGGGUGGAGCACGAUGGACGCCGUCAACGCUUUUAACCACGAGUUGUUCUCCCUGAUGGACUCAAAACCACCUAUCUCCAGGGCAAAGAUGAUCUCCAUUACAAAGUCUGCUAUAAAAGCCAUUAAAUUAUACAAGCACGUUGUCCAAAUUGUUGAGAAAUUCAUCAAGAAGUGCAAACCGGAGUACAAAGUCCCAGGGCUCUACGUGGUGGACUCCAUCGUGCGGCAGUCUCGUCAUCAGUUUGGUGCAGACAAAGACGUGUUUGGUCCCAGGUUCACUAAGAACAUCACAGGGACGUUUGAGAACCUCUGCUUGUGCCCCACAGAGGACAGGAGUAAAAUUGUGCGCGUUCUGAACCUGUGGCAGAAGAACGGGGUGUUUAAGAUCGAGGUCAUUCAGCCACUCCUGGACAUGGCUGCUGGCUCCAGCAGCUCAACUGGAGCGCCAGCUGUAGACAACGGCCCAGAUGUGGCUGCGUCCCCUCCCUCGCCAGCCAGGGAAUCGGAGAGCCAUCCAGUGGUGUCGACCAACUCCGUGCAGGUAGCUGUCCCACAGCUGCAAAACUCUGAUGCCUUUGCUGCAGUAGCUCAACUCUUCCAGUCCUCUCAAGGCCAGCAGCUCCAGCAGAUGCUGCAGACGUUCCAGCAGCCAGGAAAGCCACAGUCUCCAGCAAUAGAGAACAACAUGAUGGCCAACCUGCAGCUGCAGACCCCCUCUGUGCAGCCGCCCAUCGGUCUGGCUCCGUGCCCACCACAUGCUCCGCAGCCUGUAGAGAAGAAAGCCACUUUUGACAAGACACUUCUUGACCGUUUUGACUAUGACGAUGAGCCCGAAGGUGGGGAGGAGAGCAAGAAGGAUGAGACACCCUCCGUCCAGACUGCUUUUGGCUUUCCUGAAGGUGUGCAGCAGGCUCAGCAGGUUCCAGCAUCUUUCCCUCCUCAAGCCAAUCAGAUGCAGCACUUUCAGCAGCAUAUGAUGGGCAUGACUCAAGACCAACAGCUUCUACCUCCAAACGGGCAGCUCCAAAAUUUCAGCCGGAUGCCCCCUCAGCCCUAUCCAGGGAUGAUGCCUCCGAUGGGGCAGCCUCCAACUGCAGUUCACCCUGGCUUCCCUGGAGCCUUCCCUUCUCAGAAUGACUCCUUUUCCCAGCUCAUGGUGGGGCAGCACCAGGAGGCCUCUAUGGACAUAGACACAUCUACAAGGCAACACCCAGAUGGCAGGAGGUCUAGGUCACGUUCAGGGUCAAGGUCUCCAAAGAGGAGGCGGUCGCGGUCGAACUCCCGUUCUAGACGCUCGCGACAUCGACGUUCGCGCUCUCGAUCCCGAGAAAGGCGGCGCCACUCUCCACGCUCCCGCUCUCUGGAGAGGAGGGAGAGAGAAAGAGAACGAGAGCGCAGACAGAAAGGCCUGCCGCCCGUCAAACCUGACACACUAAGCGUGUGCAGCACUACUCUGUGGGUGGGACAGCUGGACAAGAGGACCCAGCAGCAGGACGUGGCGUGUCUCUUAGAGGAGUUUGGCCAGAUAGAGUCUAUAAAUAUGAUUCCUCCUCGAGGUUGUGCCUAUAUUGUCAUGGUUCAUCGACAGGAUGCCUUUCGAGCUCUGCAGAAGCUUAGCAGGGGCACUUACAAAGUCAACCAAAAAGCCAUUAAGAUUGCCUGGGCUCUGAACAAAGGUAUAAAGUCAGAGUUCAAGCAGUACUGGGAUGUGGAGCUCGGCGUCACCUACAUCCCCUGGUCUAAAGUCAGGGCAGAGGACUUGGACGAUUUCAAAGAAGGGGGUGUACUGGACACAGAUACGCUUUCUCCAGAGUGGAAAGGAGUUCAGAAUGACCUGGAGAACAUGGAGGAGGCUUCUCAGAACGGCAGGGCUGAGGUGGGACAGACGGACAAGAGCCCAGCUCCGCUCCCUGUGCAGGCUCCUCCUGUCCAGCCAGUAGGGGCUGCUGGUGCGAUUGGUGUUCCACCCCACGGUUUCCCUGGACCCAUGAAUAUCCCACCACCCUCAUUUCCGCCCGGGGUUCCACCACCUCCUGCUCCAUUUAUGAGGCCUGGAUUUAACCCCAUGCAGAUGCCUCCAGGAUUUCUCCCUCCUGGUGCUAUGCCUCCUAUUGCCUCCGCUGGACCUCCUCUUCCCACAUCAGGAAUGGGCAUGCCACCAGCAGUUAGUGGCUCAGCAGAGGAAAUGCCUGGUGAUCCAGCAGGCGUGGGCUCCAGGAUGAACAGGGAAGGAGCAGAUGGAUUCAACUCCGUUCAAGGGAUGAACAUGCAGAAUCCACCAGGGAUGAACCUGCAAAAUCCACAAGGCCUUUUGGGUUCAAGACCAGGCAUGAUGCCUCUCCAGCGCCCCCCAGGGAUGCCUCCUCCACACAUGCAGCGUUUCCCCAUGCCACCCCCACGGCCAGGCAUACCCCCCAUGCCCCCGCAGAUGAUGCCUCCCAGGGGUCCUCCUCAAAUGAUGCAUCGUGAACCUCCACCAGGUGGCUUUGGCAUUCCACCUCCACACAGCAUGAGAGGCCCCUUUCCUCCUCCCGGGCCUCCGUUCAUGAGGCCCAGUGGGCCAAGAGGGCCGGAUGGGCCAGAGGAUCAUGAGGGACGGCCUUUUAGGGGCGAGCGCCCUGGGCCAGGCAGGGAGCGGGACAGGGAUCAGGAUUGGUAUGGAGGGCGCAGGUCGUUCGGCGAGGGCCGUAGUGGGGACCGGCCUGAAGGUCGGGAACGUUUCGGGAGCUGGCACGAAGAGGCGGAGCAGAGAGGUGGGUGGGAGAGGCCGCGGGAACGCAGGGAAUGGAGGAGGAGUCCGGAUGGGGAGAGAGAGCGAGACCGAGACAGAGACCGAGACCGAGAGCAGGGGAGGGACAGUGAGGAGCGGAGCAAGCGCAGAGAAAGGGAGCCAGGAACACGCGAGAGAAGCACCCGCUGGGACAGGGAUGACAGACUUGACAGGCUGGCUAACGUGAGCGGUCAGCCCAACGGACACGAGACGCUCAGAGACUCUAGCAGCUCCGAGCACUCUGCAGACUCUGCUAAAGAACUUGCCCAAGCCAAGGUAGAAGCUCCAACCCCUCCAACCGAAGUGACUGCAGAAGCACAGGCAUCUGAACCCACGGUGGAAAAUCAGCAGCAACCUGCAGAACAAACUAAAGCAGAUGAAUCUUAGGCCAUAGCCGUGGACACUAAUGCUCACAUGAUAUUUGUCCUUAUUUUAACCUGAGCGGAUGCGUGUGGUUGUGUGAUCUUUUGAUAAAAUGCAUACGAACACCAUCUAGAAUGGUAUUGCAAAGAUCGCAGCAUAUUGGUUGAGACCUGAGAGGAAGGGUAAGGGAAAAAAAAACAAAAAAAAGCAUAUAUGGGCAGUAGAGCCGUGUGUGUGCAGGUCUAGGAUCGUUUUGCUCCAUGUCCACAUCCAGGCUGAUUCUGGACACUACAGGCUAAUGAGCACACAUGAUGCGGGAACCACAUGUUUCUGCUGCGCCGCUUGAUGCAUAUGAUCUACGUUCCUAUAGACACAGAUCAAGUUCUGUGCCCAGCCCCGCGUUGUAUGGCUACGUUCACAUUACCAGGUUAAAGUGGCACAAAUCCGAUUUUUUUUUUUUGGUUUUUUUUUUUUUGGUGUUUUCAGGGCGGUGUGGACACAUCUGAUCUUUUCAAAUCCGACCAGAACCACUUUCAUGCGUGACCCUAGAUCAAACACGUAUCGGGUUCGUGGCCGUGCGACCUUAAUUUGAACGUUUAGAUUGGAACACUCGUGCUUCCCCCCCCCCCGUGCACCGUCAUUCAGCGUUACCAUGGCAACAGCGCCGAACAGCCGUUAAAGUACCACUGUAACAGUGGAAAAGCAACACGUCUCACCUUUUUCUCCUCCGUCUGCCUCUAAUAAAGAAGCUGAGAGCUGAUCAGAGUUAACGAUCUUCUCAGCGAAGCUCGUUCUGCUCGUUAGUUGGUGCUGAUGAUGCAGUGAUUCAGUCACGUGACGUCGCUGAGCAGGAGGAGCUCAUGAGGCUCAGUUCAGGCUUUUUCGUCACAUUAAUGACCGAUUCGAGUCUCUCACCUAAACGAGUGCGAACCGUCGAGUCAGAGAGAUCGGAUUAAUUAAGCAAAAAAAAAAUCGGAUUCGGGCGACGAGGCUUGUAAUGUGGACGCGGCCUAAAAUGAAAUUCACUUAUUACAUAAUUGAUCUUGUUAAGAGUCUGGCUGAACAUGGUGUAUGGCCCUGUGAUCCACCAUGGAGCUUGCAUUUUGCUCUAAACCAGUGUUUCCCAGUUCUGGUCCUGGACCCGCUUUGCACUGCACUCGUUUUUUUCCCACUCGGGCACAUCAGAUCAUAAACAACCUGUUAGUUUGUCGAUGAUUUGAAUCAAAUGGGUUAAACAGAGAAAAUACUAACACAUCCAGUGCAGACGUACUCCAGGGUGAAGGUCAGGAGAGGCGGAUCCAGAAGCGAAAAAAAUUCGGAAGUGAACAAAGUCUGCUGUAAAUAUGCUUCCACUACUCAAACUACAUUUGUAGAAUUGGAGAUAAAGGUGUUUUUUUUUUGUUUGUUUUUUUUUUUUUUAAGUAUUCCCCACCGAGCGCUGAAGAUGAUAGGAAACCUUGACUAAAGUAAGAGACAAAGCCCCUUUUGCUGUAAUGUUUUUAACUUACAAUGUUUACAUCGUACAAAAAAAAUGAGAUGUUUGUAUAAUUAAGUUUGUGGAGAUGUGAACCUGUUUAAUAUUUCAGCAAUAGGGAUUUGGUUUUAAUAAACUAUUUUCAUACCAAAAUCAA